GGAAAGAACCUCCAGAAAUUUCCACCUUCUUCCCACUUUAUCCAGAAACAUCUAGUUCUGUCCUCCCAACCAACCUAUAAAUCAUCCACAUGUGGCAAUCAAUACCAUCAAACGCCUACGAAAACAAGGUCUGAGUACAAAAUCUUACGCCCACUUCCAAAUUACGCCCAAUCAAGAAGAGAAAAUGGAUAUCAGGCUGAUGGGUUUCGACAACCCCAUCUUCCACACCCUCCAACACAUGAUGGACGGCGCCGACGCCGACGUCGACAAGUCCAGCGGCCCUACACGCGCAUAUGUCCGUGACGCGAAAGCAAUGGCAGCAACACCGGCAGACGUGAUAGAGUAUCCCAAGUCCUAUGCCUUCAUAAUUGACAUGCCCGGGUUGAAGAGUGGGGACAUCAAGGUUCAGGUUGAGGACGACAACGUGUUGGUUAUCAGUGGAGAGAGAAAGAGGGAGGAGGAUAAAGAAGGCUCAAAGUUUGUGAGGAUGGAGAGGAGGAUUGGAAAGUUCAUGAGGAAGUUUGUGCUGCCUGAGAAUGCUAACACUGACGCCAUCUCUGCGGUUUGUCAGGAUGGUGUGUUGAAUGUUACUGUUGAGAAGUUGCCUCCUCCGGAGCCCAAGAAGCCCAAGACCAUUGAGGUCAAGAUCGCUUGAGAUCUUUCACAGCUAUAAUCUCUGUCAGCUCUGUUAUUCCUGUGGUUAGUCGUAAUAAUGUGGUUUUUGAGUCGGAUGUUUUUUAUGGUGUGUUUAUGUUUUCUGGGUUUUUGUGUUUUGGAAUCAAUAGCUUUUUGGUGUGAAAAGCUGAUGAUCAGUAGCAGUGAAAUGUUAUCAAUGAAAUGAAUGGAAUAUGUUUUUGAAAGCUUGAUGUCUCUUAUCUAUAUAUAACUUCAGUUUGUUCCAUGAAAUUGUUUGACCUUUGGGAAGAUGUGGAGAGGAAAAUACUGACAUAAUGUGAGCAUUCGGAUAUAUAUUAUCUUGUUCCCUUCCUUGUCCGCAAUGAAUUGUUGGGGGUUUUUUGGUUGAUAGUGAAGAAAUGUUAUAAUGUGAGACUUCAGUUGUAAGUAUUAAAAUUCUGGAAUUAAUAAGGUUUUUAAAUUAC